CCAGCUCUCAUGACCGGGGCUGCUGUGCAGGCAUUCCUGGCGAGUGCCAAGGUGCAGGGUAUCUUUCAGCCGCUGCUGUCCCCGCCACUGCAAUUGACACAGCUGGAUCAGUGCCGGAUCCGUGAUCGCAGCACAAUUAUGGCCCGCCACUUGUUUGCCGACCGUGGAGAUGUCUUUGCGGAUGAGCAGGUCGGGCGGCUGCUGCAUUCCCUCAAUAUAGACCCCCGGAGCUUGCCCGGCCGUGCAGACGCUGCAGCCUGGAAUUCCAUUUAUCAGGAGGGCGCCUCUCGCUUCAGGCCACCCUUGGCAGCCGAUCAAUGGGCAUCGGAUUUUGUGCAGCAGCAAAAGCGGCACCCUCCGGGGAGGACGGCAUCCUGGAAUCAGAUUUGGGAUGACACAGCAGGGCCCUCCAACGAGUGGGCCACUGAGUUCGGCAAGGCAGAGGCGGCCACGGCCAGGGCUGGGGCCCACGCACAGACCUCUGAUGGUGCUUUGGAGCAGACGAAGGCUUUGGCCGGCACCCUGGCCAGUGAUAAGGAUGGCAAGUUUGCAAACUCCAAGUUCUUGCAAUUCAUCUCCAAGAUGAGCCGAGGGGAGAUCAUCUUGGAGGGCAACGAGGCCAAGGAGGUCUCUGCUGAGAGCGCUGCCUGGGCAAGCGAAUUUGCAGACAAGCAGGACGCCAGCAAUGCAGCUGACUUUGAGGAUAUCUGGAAACACUAUGGGGAGGUACAAGAAAUCAGCCAUUGGGCUGCUGGUUGGGCGGACGAAUACAGCGGCGGUCCUAGCGGUGGCAACGACUGGGCGGACCAGUUUGCGGAGCAGAUGGUGCCCAAUGAGGAGGUGGCAGGCUGGCUGAAUGACUGGGAGGCGCAGGCCGCCCGUGCGCAGGAGGCAAUGGCCAGUGCUGGCCCCACCGAGUACAGGAUGAGUGAGGACAAUGCCUUCCUGCAGGAUCCAGAAAGCUUUGCAAAGGGGAAGGCGUUGUUCAAGAGUGGGCUGCUCAGCGAGGCUGUUCUGGCUCUGGAGGCUGAGGUGCAGCGGAGGCCUGACAAUGUGGAAGCCUGGCGCCUCUUGGGCACUGUGCACGCUGAGAAUGACGAUGACCAACAGGCAAUUGCAGCCCUGAACAAGGCGCUCGCGGCAGACCCGCGCAAUGCAGAGGUGCUGCUCUCGCUGGGAGUCUCAUACACCAAUGAGUUGGAUCAGGGCCGCGCACUAGGCUACCUCACGGCCUGGCUCGCCCAACAGCCUUCUCUCGCCAAGUUAUUGGCCGAUGCAGGCCUGCCGCAGGACUCUAGCCAGCGCUUGCCGCAUGCCAUGGGAGUCUUUGAGCAGGCAGCACAGCAGGAGCCGGGCAACGCGGACGUGCAGGUGGCGCUGGGGGUGCUGCACAGCCUGGCGCGGCAGUACGAGCGCGCGGGGGAGGCGUUCCGGGCGGCGCUGGCGCUGCGUCCGCGCGACUACUCGCUGUGGAACAAGCUGGGCGCGACGCUGGCCAACAGCACGCACAGCCACGAGGCCAUCGCCGCCUACCAGAAGGCCCUGGACCUCAAGCCCAACUACAUGCGGGCCUGGACCAACAUGGGCAUCGCGCAGGCAAACGUGGGCAACUACGAGCAGUCUGCGCGCUUCUACGUGAGGGCGCUGGGCCUGAACCCCAAGGCCGCCUCCGUGUGGGGCUACCUGCGCACUUCGCUCGCGUGCGCCAGCCGCAUGGACUUAAUGCAGCACGUGCACGAGUCGGAUCUUGACACGCUCACAAAGGAGCUGCCGCUGUGA